AUGAGACCCAACCCCAACAGCCACAGCCACAGGGGCCCCGGGCUGCUGCCCCCGGGGCUGCCUGUCUUUCACCCGCACACAGUGCAGACGCUGUCUGUCACGGUGCAGCAAACCGCGGCCAACGGCCUCCCCCAGACGCAGCCUUCAUUUCUAGAAGCAGCAGAGCUGCAAGGCCACCAAUUUGAGCAGCAGGUUGACUGGCAGCUGCAGCAGCAGCAGCAGCAGCGGCAAGAAAGCGAGCACCAUGCAUUGCUCCGGCAGCAGCAGGAGGUGCUGCACGCGCAGCAGAUCCUGCUGAUGCAGCAACAGCAGCAGGUGUGGCAGCAGCAGCUGCAGCACGGCCAUCAUGCCUGGCUGCAGCACUCGAACUGGCAGACGCAGCACACGCAGCUGCUGCAUGUUCAGCAGCAGGGGACGCAGCAGCAGCAGCUCCUGCCCCCUCAGCAGCAGACCAUGCUGCAGCAGCAGCAGCACACCACCCUGCAGCAGCAGCAGCAGCUGCAGCAGCAGCAGCAGGAUGAAGAGGAAAGAAGGCGCCAAGAGGAGCGCGACGCCACUUUAAGGGAGCUGCAGAGAGUGUGGCGGAGGCCUUUGGAGAAUCUUCCUUCCCCAACAGAGAGGUGGGAGCAGCAGCAGCAGCUGCUGCAGCAGCAGCAGCAGCAGCAGCGCCAGCUGCAGGCGGACGACGCGGAAGACCAGGAAGAGCCAGCUGAGCAGCAGCCGUCCGUGUGGCAGCAGCUGUUUCGGCAGCAGCUCGACGAGCAGCAGCGGCAGCACCAGCAGCGGCAGCAGCUGGAAGAGCAGCAGGGAGAGUCGCAGGAGCCGCAGCAGCAGCAGCAGCAGCAGCGGCAGUGGCCGCAGCCGGGCACAGCUUCUUGGGAGAUUGCGAGGGACUCCAUUAAUGAGUUGGCGCGGCUGUCUUACCGGGAGGAGAUGUGGGAGCAGAAGCAGCGGCAGUACCUGCAGCAGCAGCGGCAGCAGCGGCAGCAGCAGCGGCAGCAGCAGCGGCAGCCCCACUGGCAGCAGCGGCAGCAGCAGCAGCAGCAGCAGCAAAUGACGCACAGGCCGCGCGCGGGGUCCCGGCAUCAGAACGCGCACCCGCGUUCGGCGGCCGCGCCGGCCCCGCGCCCGCAGCAGCAGCCACCGCAGCAGCAACCGCCGCAGCAGCAAUCCUCCCAGCAGCAGCAGCAGCAGCAGCAGCAGCAGCAGGAGCUGGGCCCCAUCAUCGCGGACUGCGGCAUCGGGCACACGUUCUCGCCCACGCCCAGCUGCCCCAGCAGCGACGGCUGCUGCGUCAGCAGGCCUUUAACUCCUUCGCGUUUUGACCAUCAGCUGCAGCACGAGUUUUACAACAAGAUGUUGGAGUGUAUCCGCAGUUCUGAAGAUCGGCAGAGGCUCGAGAGCCUGCCUGCUGCUUCUCCCUGUCCGGGGAGCCCUGCUGCUGCUGCUGCUGCUGCUGCUGCUGCUGCUGCAGCUGCGGCGGCCGCCGCAGUCGUCGGGGAUGCAGCAGCAGCAGCAGCUGCUGCUGCUGCUGCUGCGGUAAGGAACGCACAACACAGCCCGGCAAGUGCCUAG